UAAACGGACGUAGACAUUAUGCAUGCAUCAAGCGCACCACAUGUUUUGUCGUGUUUAUCAUACCGUUAUCAACAAAAAAAUCUUUAUGCCGCAUUAAUUUUGAUCUCUUAUUCAAUUCAACGCAAAGAAACAAAUGUCGAUUUUUCUUUCAUUUCGGUCAAAAACAAGCUGUGUGUUUGAAAAGUCGCCCAGCAAAUCUCAAUAGCGCGGGCUCCCUGCAAGACAUACAAAUACAGUCUCCAAUGGCGGCAAGCAAGCUUCACUAAUCCCCGAGCUCCAUCCAACUCUAUAAAAUCCCUUGCAACCCAAUCUUUCUCCUCAACUCACACACCUCUGCUCCUCUCUUCAAUCAGAACAAAAUGACGUAUUAUCUUCCCCAAUCCAUAAUUCUCCUCUCCCUCAUCCUUUCCACCCUCACCAUUUCCACCACCGCCCAAUCCAAACCCAGAUCCCUAAUCCUCCCGCUCACCAAAGACCGCGCCACCAACCAAAUCCUCACCCGCCUCGAAAUCGGCACCCCCCGAGUCUCCCGGAAAUUCAUCGUCGACAUCGCCGGCCGACAGCUCUGGCUCGAUUGCUACAGCGGCUACUCCAACUCCUCCUCCACUUACCGCCUAGCCCGCUGCGGCUCCGCCGCCUGCUCCGUCGGUAAAGCCGAGUGCCCGGGUCCCUGCCUCCUCCCCCCGCGCCCCGGCUGCUUCAACAACACUUGCGUCGUCGUGACCCUAAACCCGAUCCGGACGACAGCUGGCAUCUCGCCCCUCUCCCUCGAUACGGUGUCGCUUCACUCCACCUCCACGAGCGGGGCACGUGGCGGGCCCCGCGUAUCCAUCCCCAAUUUCAUCUUCGCCUGCGAAGAUGAAUUCCAGCUCGACAACCUAGCCGCCGGCGUGGAAGGCGCCGUCGGGCUCUCCAGCGAGCGAAUUGGCCUCCCGUCGCAGAUCUCGACCGCCUUCGGCGGCUCCCUCCGCCGCGAAUUCGCACUCUGCCUGCCGUCGGAUUCGAAUUCCGACGGCGUCCUGUUCUUCGGCGCCGCCCCUUACGUCAUCGCGAACAGAGUCGAUUACUCGACGAGAUUCAAGUACACGAGGCUGGUGAAGAAUUACGAGCGCACCGCUUCACCCAACGUCCCCGGCGCCGAGAUUCCGGCCUACUUCGUCAGAAUCACCUCGAUCCUCGUGUCGGAAUCUCCGAUCCCGAUCAAUUCGUCUCUGCUGGAGUUCCGUCGGACCGGGAUCGGCGGCUCGGCGAUCAGCACGGUCGAUCCGUACACGAUUCUCGACAGCUCGAUCUACAGAUCGCUAGUGAGGGCUUUCGAGAGCAGUGAAACGAUGAAGAAGGUAAAGAAGGCGGCGGCGGUGGCGCCGUUCGGGAACUGUUACCAGAAGAAGGAUCUGUCGAUUGGGAGGAUGGGAUUGGAGGUGCCGAAGAUUUCGCUGGUGUUUGAGAGCAGGGAGGUGAAGUGGGAUUUGUUUGGCGAGAAUUCCAUGGUGGACGUAAACGACGACGUGGCGUGCUUGGGGUUUGUGGACGGUGGGUCCGAUACGACGUCGUCUAUUGUCCUUGGAGCACAUCAGAUGCAGGAUAAUUUGGUACACUUCGACCUGCAUUCGUCGAGGAUGGGGUUCACUAAUUCGUUGUUGUUGGAAGGGGUUCGAUGCUCGUUGUUUCACAUUUGAUGUGGUCUUUGAUUUGUUUUUACUUCUGAAUAAUUUGUUGCCUGUAACUACUACCAGUGUGUACUUGGCUUUUCUUUUGCACUGUAUAAGAGAGAAAAGCUUCUAUUAUCCAUAAAUAAAAAGAGCUACUGUACCGUUUAAUCUCAUGGAAUAAAGAAUUAUAUAGCUGCCUUUCCCCAAUCGUAGUGUUAUCAUAAGGUAACGAUCAUGUCUAUAUAUGCUGCUUCCAUCUACUAACUACUAAGGAUAACCAAGUAACGAGUAAUAUUCUAGACGCCAAGGCGGAGUUUGAUAGAAUGGCGGGAAAGGUUGUUAGCGGAUUUUAUGUUCCGGCUGGCAGUCAAAAGAGAAAGGUCCAGUCAAGAUUUAACGUAAUUGCAUGACUGGUAGCUCGUUCAUUACGUACCUAAUCAUUCACUACGUGGGUCGUAAGAGGGGCGCACUUAAUAAAAGCCCAAAAUAACCUGGUCCAUCCUCGCAGCCAUGUCGCGCUGCUGCAUUCAAUGCCAAUUUUGAUAGGGUGGCUUGGCGGUUGAGUGUGUUUACAUUUUACAAUAUGGUUGUCGCUCGCACAGGUAAAAUAUCGGUAGAUUGAACUUGGUUUAAUCAGUGUUGGUAUAGACCUCCAAGUAAAAUAGGUGUAAACAU